AUGAUUCGACUGACCCCUUCCCUCAUAACCAUUGGUUUGGGCGAUAUUAAGGAUUAUGAUAGACGCGCAAAACGUCAAGCGAAGCUGAAGCCUGUGGAUAUUCCACAAACCACGCCUCACUCACAGAUCAUUUUACCGAUAAGAUCCAUCAGCCCAAGAACCAGAGUCCAUGGCCCAUCUGCUAGUGCUAUACCGAGCACCGAUGGAAGUCAUCUCGCGAAUCAAACUAAUCAGAAACCAGAUGAGGGUUAUAAAUUUCCUAGACUUGAAUCCCCUCUGCCAUUGGAAUGUGUUUUACAAAUUCCUGCUCAUGCUCAAGGUUCUGAUAUUUUCGACUGGACAAACCCAUCCCCUCGCUCUUCUGAUGGCACAAUCACAAACAACCAUCCUGUAGAUCACUCCUCGGUAUUGAUAGCGUCCGAUAGUUUACACAAUGCCACAAAUAGGGAAACAUUUGAAGAAUGGUUAGACGCGAGGCGAGGAAAGAUAAUGGAUGAGAUGCAGGAGGCUCAAAGUAGCCAGGACUCGGCAGAGCUUGAAGUGGGCGAAGAAUCCUUUGAGAAUUUGGGUACUAGACGGCUCUCUUCGCCUUCGAAAGACAACUUUGACUACGGUGGAUUUGUCGAAAGUCCUAGUCAGCAUGAAAGUGACCAAAGUCGAGGAUCUUCACCUUUCGAACCAGAAGAUUCCUCAACCACUCCCCAUCUCCAACCGCCGGUAGCACAGAGGUUACAAGCUCGUACAAGAUUACCACGCUCACCUUUGUUCCUUGCACAAAAUGCAUCGAGCUCACCAGAGCGACGUUCCACAACCAGUUUAACUCCCAGGGUUGUCUCUCCGCAAUCAAAGGGAACUGAAGACGAACCGAAUUCUGAUCGACCUAUUCGCGUCGAAGACAUUGACCCCCAUAGUCUUGUUUUGAUCUCAGAGCAAUCUGUAGUAUCCACAACAUCUUCUUUUAAUGCUUCCCAAGAAUUGCGUCUGCCACCGCCAUUUUCAACCGUUUCUAGGUCAGUCUCGAGGGCAGAAUCACUUCCAAGUUUUUCGCCAGGUGGAAAUCAAAGCGGGCCUUCACCUGCAAGCAUCGUAAGAAGCUUUCAAGGGAGUCCUUCAGUGAGCCCCUCAAGAGAUAUCUCUAUCUCAAGCUCCAUCAUUAGUCAACUGAUUCGAGAGCAUGACGAGAGACAAGCAUCAAGUCCACCUUCAGGUGGGCGUCGACGAUUAAAUCCUAUCAUCAGAGCUGCUGCACGCCUAUUCUCGAGUCCCAUAUCAAGAUCAUCUUUACAUAACUCUCCUCCCCCUUCACCAUCUCCAUCACCUCGUCGUCGUACAAGACCCCAGCCAUCUCCCAGAAGAGGUAGUGAUACAGGUCCACGAACAUAUACUCCACCUCGAGAAUACUCAGUAUACAACGAUUCCCUUCCCGCAGCAUCUCAACCUCAAACUCCUGCCCAUUUACCCGAAGCUCGGCAUCAGUCCCGAUACCAUCCAUCCUAUACUGCGCCCACAACUCGAUCUAUGGCUCGAUUGAGAAGUCAAAUUCCGGAACAUGUAGUUGGUACUCUAGGUCGACCGAGUGAUCCUUUCGAUCGAGAUUCUGCUCAGCGAUGGAUGCAUGAAUCCGAUGCUCGCUGGAUAAGACAGAGAUCUGGUUCGCCAGCAGGAAUGUCUGAUGAUGGGUUUCAAGGUCUUUAUGGUGGUAGGGAAAAUGGUGAUGAUGAACAAAGCUGGAUUGAUGGUGUUCGAGCUCGUAAUGCUGAGAUGAGAACGUGGCAGACGCGAAGCACUGAUGGGAGAUUGGAGGACGAGGAAUAG